GGUGAGUGAGACUCAGGCUUUAGCCUCACAGAGCGGCCGGUGAUUCCAUAAUGAGGUCUCUGCUGGGAACUCUCUGUGCCCUGUCUGUGUUUGCAGCAACAGGUUAUUCUCUGUCCUGCACACAAUGCCUGAAUCUGAAUGGAAUAUCCUGCUCUGGUACCAGUGGGACCUGCCCGACCAAUCAAGUCUGUGCAUCAGUGCACCUGAGCCUUUCCAUACCUUUCCUAGGGUUGAGUAACCGUGACAUAUUCACAAGCACCUGUGCAUCGCAAGAAUUAUGUAAUGUAACUGGGAGUUUUAGUUUUCCAUUUACCACGGUGACGUAUGCCUCAUCCUGCUGUUCCACAGAGAACUGCACCCCAACUUUACCAACAAUACCAGAUAACAUCAAUCAACCGAAUGGACUGACUUGCCCGUCCUGCCUUUCAUAUGACGGGAGCCUGUGUGAUGCCUCGCAAAGUAUUCCCUGCACCGGGAAUGAAAAUAUGUGCUAUCUAGAAGCCGCAAUAUCGCCAGGUUAUUCUCUGUCUUGCACACAAUGCCUGAAUCUGAAUGGAAUAUCCUGCUCCGGUACCAGUGGGACCUGCCCGACCAAUCAAGUGUGUGCAUCGGUGCUCCUGAGCCUUUCCAUACCUUUCCUAGGAUUCAGUAACCGUGACAUGUUCACACGCACCUGUGCACCACAAGAAUUGUGUAACCUAAAUGGGAGUUUUAGUUUUCCAUUUACCAUGGUGACAUUUGCCUCAUCCUGCUGUUCCACAGAGAACUGCACCCCAACUUUACCAACAACCACCACUGGAACCCCCACUGCAGCCACCACUGGAACCCCCACUGCAGCCACCACUGGAACCCCCAUUGCAGCCACCACUGGAACCCCCACUGCAGCCAUCACUGGAAACCCUGCAGCCACCAAUGGAGCCUUUGAUGUUCAUCACGGAUUCCUUCUCCCAGCAGCCAUUUUUACUGCACUGAUUAAAUUCAUGUUUGGAUGACACAAUACGUUUUCAUAUAACCCUUACAGUGCCCAGGAAUCUCUGUUCUGCCAGACUGUGUUUGUGUAUUUGUUU